UGCUCCGGUAAAUCUCUGUAUGACUCAUGAAUGAAAAUGGUUUAAAGUUUAUCGAAUCAUACGAUAACAAAUCUCGGAUAAUUAUCAACUUAACGGUGAUUUUGUAAAACUGCUAAUGACUAUAUGCACAGAGACACCGAAACCAAUCGUUACCAAAGCAAGGAAGUUUUUCAGUGAAACCAAUCGUUACCAAAGCAAGGAAGUUUUUCAGUGAAAGCGUUCUUCAGUAAAACGUACUUAGGCUAGAUCGACAUUUCAUCGUUUGAAGCAUAAAGUUAUAUGGUAGACAUGGCGAUGCAGCUGAAAGGCACUUCCAUUUCUGAAGGAGUUCAAAGGCAACUGGAUCUGUUAGAAAGUUUACGACGUAUACCGGAGGAGGAUGUCCAAGAGCUUCAACAACAAGAAAAGGACAUCAGAGGAGAGCAUGUUUCAACUGCACGAAAACUGUUCAACAAAGUCUUGGGAGAAAGUAUUGAGGAAAAAAUUAAGAGAUUAGAUAGAGAGCUGAAAGAGAGUCUAGCCCAAAAAAGAAGAACAAAAGAACUACAAAUACAUGGUAACACUAUUCUCGGCCCUAAUGGUGAUGUACGAGUAGCACUGGUUGGAAAAACAGGGAUAGGAAAAAGCCACCUUGGUAGUAAUCUUUUAAAAACGAAGGUGUUCAAGUUUAUUAUGAGCUUUAUGUCGGUUACUAAACAAUGCAAGUUUGAAGAAAGACGAUUAGACGAUACAACUACCUUAUUGGUCGUGGAUACCCCAGGACUGUUCGACACGAGAGAUCCUAAUGAACAAACGAGUAGGGAAAUUGUAAGAAGCAUUGCCCUUGCAGCUCCUGGUCCGCAUAUUUAUAUCUUUGUCCUCUCCGUGGGACGAUUUACACCAGAAGAAGCCGAUACUGUGAAUAUCUUGCAGGAAAUGUUUGGUAAAGAGGUCAUAAAACACGUCAUCGUCGUGUUUACUCGCAAAGAUGAAUUGGCUGAUAAUAAUUCACGCAAACAGUUCAUUUUAAAAUCGCCACCCGUCUUGCAGAAUCUACUGGAACAGUGCGGUUACAGGUUCGCGUUCAUCAAUAAUAAGGCAGAUCAAGAUGAACUACGAGAAGAUGUUGACGUUAUAUUGGAUAUUAUCUACAAAACUAUUGGCGAAAACAACGGAGCGUACUACACGAACGACAUGUAUAAAAAAGCUGAUGCAGUUCUAGAGGUAAGGCGAAAAGAAAUUCGAAGUGAAAGGGAACGUAAGCAAACAGAACUCCGUCAACAAAGAGACCAGAUUUUCAAAGAAGCAGAGAAAAAAGACUUUUACAGCACAGAUGGAAUGCAACUUUUGAAGGACACACGAGAAGCUGAAAACAUGCUUGAAGAGAAACGCCGACAGAUAGAAGAAAUUGAAGAAAAAAACAAAUUGCUAACUCUAAAGUUGCAAGAAGAAAAAAGGCGUCAGUCUAUUCUAGAAGAUAAAAUAAAAUUUCGUGAAGAAGAGGCAGCUAAACGGCAGGCAUUACAACUUGAAGAAAAUCGACUUAGAGACCUGGAAGAAAAGCAGAGACGGCUGGUAGAAGAGGACUUGAUAAGACGACAAGAAAUGCAAAGAGAACAAGAGCGGCUAAAUAGACUUGCAGAACAGACUCAGAAGAUAGUCGAUGAAGACGAGGAUUCCUCUCUCAGGAAAACAUUACAAAAGUUAACUGAAAUUAACGAGAAGAUGGUAGAAAACGCCCAAAUAAACCCAAACAGAAAGGCCAAGAAAGACGCUGAAACAGACGACAAAUUACUAGAGGUCAUAGGUUCUGCGGUGAUUCAAGUUGGGUCAGCUGCUGCAGCAUCUGUUUUGGGUGUCGGCGCAGCUGCUGUGUCAACUGCUGUGGGGGUGGGGUCAGCUGCUGUGGGGUGGUUGAAGAGCUGGUGGUCAAAGUGAGGUGAAGGGAGUUCAAAUCGUUUUGCUUUUUUUUAGGCAUUUGCUUGAUACUUAACCUUCGCUACUGUUUUUAGUUAUAACCCUAAAUCAUAUUUUCCGACCUACAACUCCUGAUAUUGUAUCAGUAAUUUUAAAUGGUUUGUUUUAUUUAAGCGAAUAAAAAAUGUAUGUUAAUAAA